AUUAACUUAUUCACCUCGCUCACCGUUACAACAUUAUUUAUACUUACAAUGCCAAUUAUCCUAACUAGCACCUCAAUCUACAAAAGCAAACUCUACCCACAAUACGUGAAAACCACCAUCUCCUAUGCCUUUAUAAUUAGCAUAAUCCCUGUAAUAAUAUUUAUUUACUCAGGACAAGAAAUAAUUAUCUCAAACUGACACUGAAUAACUAUUCAAACUAUAAAAUUAUCACUAAGCUUCAAACUAGACUAUUUCUCGAUAAUCUUCAUGCCUGUAGCCCUAUUCGUCACAUGAUCUAUCAUAGAAUUCUCAAUAUGAUACAUAGCCUCAGACCCUUACAUCAACCGAUUCUUCAAGUACCUAUUAAUAUUCCUCAUCACCAUAAUAAUCCUAGUAACCGCAAAUAAUCUAUUUCAACUAUUUAUCGGCUGAGAAGGAGUAGGCAUUAUAUCUUUCCUACUCAUUGGAUGAUGAUACGGACGGUCAGACGCAAAUACAGCCGCCCUCCAAGCAAUCCUAUAUAACCGCAUUGGAGAUGUAGGCUUUAUUGCAGCCAUAGCAUGAUUUUUAGCUAACCUAAACACGUGAGACUUCCAACAAAUCUUUAUAAUUCAUCACAACGACCUAAACAUACCACUCAUAGGCCUCCUGCUGGCAGCAACCGGUAAAUCAGCCCAAUUCGGCCUACACCCAUGACUACCCUCCGCCAUAGAAGGACCAACACCAGUAUCAGCCUUACUGCACUCAAGCACUAUAGUUGUAGCUGGAGUAUUCCUCCUAAUCCGAUUCCACCCUUUAAUAGAACAUAAUUCAACAAUACAAACAGCUACCCUGUGCCUAGGAGCCAUCACCACCUUAUUUACAGCAAUUUGUGCCCUCACACAAAAUGACAUCAAAAAAAUCAUCGCAUUCUCAACUUCAAGCCAACUAGGACUGAUAAUCGUCACAAUCGGAAUUGGCCAACCAUAUCUAGCAUUUCUACAUAUCUGCACCCACGCGUUCUUCAAGGCCAUACUAUUUAUAUGCUCCGGAUCCAUUAUUCACAACCUAAAUGACGAACAAGAUAUUCGAAAAAUAGGAGGCUUAUUCAAACCAAUACCAUUCACCACCACCUCACUGAUCGUAGGCAGCCUAGCACUUACAGGCAUACCAUUCCUCACAGGAUUUUACUCCAAAGAUCUAAUUAUCGAAACCGCCAACACAUCGAAUACCAACGCCUGAGCCCUACUACUAACCUUAACAGCCACAUCUAUGACAGCUGCCUACAGCACCCGAAUAAUAUUCUUCACACUUCUGGGACAACCCCGGUUUAAUUCCACAAUCACAAUAAAUGAGAAUAACCCACUACUAAUUAACCCCAUCAAACGUCUACUACUAGGAAGCAUUUUCGCUGGGUACCUAAUAACCCUUAACAUCCCACCUAUAACAACUCCACAACUAACCAUACCUCAUCACCUAAAACUUACUGCCCUCACCAUAACACUCAUAGGUUUCAUUCUGGCCCUGGAACUCAGUAUAACCUCACUAAACCUCAAAUUCAACCACGCAUCAAACCUAUUCAAGUUCUCAAAUCUCCUAGGAUAUUUCCCCACCAUCAUUCAUCGCCUGAUACCAAUAACAAACCUAACAGCAAGUCAAAAAUUAGCCUCCACACUAAUAGACAUAAUCUGAUUAGAAUAUUUACUACCAAAGUCCAUCUCCCACCUACACAUAAAAUCAUCAACCACCAUUUCUAAUCAAAAGGGCCUAAUUAAACUGUACUUCUUAUCCUUCAUAAUUACCCUAACCCUAGCCAUAAUGUUAAUUAUAACUAAUUCCCACGGGUAA